AUGGGCCAGGCGUCAUCUCAUGUGUUAGAUAGCCUUAUGGAGGGCACGAACUUCGACCGUGACGAGAUAGAUCGUCUACGGAAACGGUUUAUGAAGCUUGAUAGCGAUGGUUCUGGCACCAUAGACAAGCAAGAAUUUUUGGCAAUUCCAGGAAUCCUGUCAAAUCCUUUGGCAUCAAGAUUAAUGGAUGUGUUCGAUGAAGAUGGAAGCGGGACAAUCGACUUUCAAGAGUUCAUAACAGGGCUUUCUGCAUUCAGCGGAAAAACGUCCAAAGUUGAUAAGCUCAAAUUUGCUUUCAAGAUUUACGAUAUUGACCGUGAUGGUUUUAUUGGCAAUGGAGAGUUGUUUAUUGUGAUGAAGAUGAUGGUGGGUAAAAACCUACAGGACGAAGAGCUUCAGCAAAUAGUUGACAAGACUAUCAUGGAAGCAGAUGAAGAUGGUGACGGACGUCUUGAUUUUGAAGAAUUCAAGAAGGCAGUUGAUUCUAAGUCAGUGGCUUCUGCAUUGACACUCAACAUGUUUUAA